AUGGCACAAUCAACAUCUUCUUCCAUUCUCCAACUCCCACUUGACAGCCGAGUCGCCAUCGUCACCGACAGCUCCCCUAGCAUCGGUUGCGGAAUUGCAACCCAUCUCGACUCACUCGGCGCUAGAGUGACGAUCAACUAUGCCUCCAACUUAACUCAAGCCGACUUCCGCGCAUCGCAGCUCAAUUCCACGGAACGCGUUAGGACUUAG